AUGGCGCUCGUGGCUGGAGCCGACAUUCAGGAACGAGGAAAAGAGCCAGAGCGCGACCUAAAGUCCGGCGGCACUAUCAUAUAUCAAGGUGAUGCGCUCACACAAGCAGUAGCGAAUGACCAGGAAGUCACCGCGCGGAUGCUCAUCGAGACUGGCAAUAUUGAUGUGAAUCCCUCUCGGACGGCAAAGCAUCACUCGCCUCUGUGGUGGGCAUGCCACUUUGGCCAUACCAAUUUGAUUAGGCUGUUGCUAUCUUUUCCAGCCACUGAUAUCAAUGCCAUUGAUGGGAUGGGAAAGAGUGCCUUGGAAGGGGCAAUCAAAGGCAAGCAGCUCAAAUCGGUUCUGACCCUGCUUGAUUAUCCGCAACUCAAUCUCAGGACACGACGUGAGCCCAACCCUGUCGAGUACGCCAUAUUUGAAGAUACGGAAGAGAUCGCAUGCGCGUUGAUCAGAGACCCAAGAUCCGACCCGAAUGGUGGCAUGCGAAAAGACAGCACAGGGCGGAGACAAUAUGUGCCAUCCCGCGAGCCGUUGGCUAGGGCCAUGCGAAAUAGGCAGCCAGAUGUCAUUCGGUGCCUUUUGGGACGCCCGGACAUAGAAUUGCGCGGCUCUGACCUUGGCUGGACGCCAAUCUUCCUUGCAGCCUGCACCAACAGCCCUGCCGCCGUUCAGACUCUGCUCGCCAUGCCGGAGACCAACCCGCACACUCUAGACAGCCAAGGACAAACGCCUCUCAUGGUCGCAAUACGCGAAGAUAGUCCACGAACAGCCCGAGUCCUCGCAAAAGUCAAGGGGACAAAUCUAAAUCAUCAAGAUAAUAAUGGCGAUACAGCGUUGAUUCUUGCUGCCUCGGUCCAUAGCGCAGAGAUGAUAGCCUUCUUGUUGAGGUGUGAGGGCGUGGAUCCUGAUAUUAAAAACCAUGAUGGGUACUCGGCGGAGAUGAUGACAAGCAAUCCGUAUCUGAAGGAUCUCUUUGUGCAGCCGCAGGCGAGCGACGAUAGUUUUGGCCCUAAUUGGUUUGACCGUGAUGGUUUUGAUCCUGAUGGUUUUGACCCUGAUGAUUUUGAUCCUGAUGGUUCUGACCCUGAUGGCUUUUACACGGAGUCUUUUGAUAGCGAGUCUGAAGACACCGAUUCCGAAGACAACCAGUCCGAAGACAACCAGUCCGAAGACAACCAGUCCGAAGACAACCAGUCCGAAGACAACCAGUCCGAAGACAACCAGUCCGAAGACAACCAGUCCGAAGACAACCAGUCCGAAGACAACCAGUCCGAAGACAACCAGUCCGAAGACGCUGAGUCUGAAUAUCUCUGA